CACGUUCCGGUUAGUGCAUAUGUAUCUUGUUCGUUUAAUUUUACCUCAAAGAUGCUCAGAAAGCUUUGAAAGCAGAACUUUUUUAUGAAUUCGUAUACGGUUUACGAGUUUCUGUUAAACUGAUGAAUUCAUGAUUGUUUUGUAGUAGUCUAAAAAAAAAAAUAAAAAAUGUCACGGCAUAGAAAUGUGCGAGCAAUCGAUGUAGAUGAAGAAUAUGAUGGCUAUUAUUCAUGCUAUGGGCAUUCUGUUGAAGAAGAUUUUUGCAUUUCUCCACGAACGGAAGCACAGUUUCUUUAUAAUAGAAAGAACUGUAACCAACCGAUGAAUGCAUUCUUUGAAGCAGAAGAACGUCUUCGUGGGAAGAAUAGCAGCAAUGAAGAAAGUUUUUCAGAAUCAGCUAAUGAAAUGGAUUCUGUGCACAGUUCAGAUAUUGAAAUGCAGUUUCAGUGUGAUCAAGGCAGUCCAGUUAAGCCCAUGGAUACAUUACAUGCAUCUCCUGUUCCCAGUAUUACUUCAACUGGAUCACCAGCUCCCAGUGUUAAAGAUAGUGAAGAAAAUUUCUACAGCCCAAAAUUGAAUCCUAGUUUAAAAUCUAAUUUAUCCAGUGUAAAUACUGCUAUUCCUGAUGCUCAGCUUGAUUUUCAGUGUAAAUCUCAAAUUUUCUCUCAGUCUGGACCUGAUAGUUCCAAAGAUUCUCCUACUGCAAAAUUGGAAACCAUACAAGAUGCUAAACUCCAAACUUCUGGGCUUUUGAGUGGAAAUGUCUCUGAAAUUGAUAAAAAAGUCUAUGAAGGAACUAAAAUUAAUAAUGCAAAGUCAUUAAAGUCAGAGAAAGCUAUUUCUGAACUGUAUUUAAAGGAAAGAAGUCAGGAAAAGCCUCUCAUUAAUCUUGUUGUUAUUGGGCAUGUUGAUGCUGGGAAAAGUACUUUGAUGGGCCAUUUAUUAUACAGAUUGGGUCAGGUUUCUAAAAGGGCAAUGCAUAAAUUUGAACAAGAUUCUAAAAAGCUUGGAAAAUCAUCUUUCAUGUAUGCUUGGGUCCUAGAUGAAACUUCUGAAGAAAGGAACCGUGGCAUAACAAUGGAUAUUGCUCAGACAAAAUUUGAAACAAAACAUAGAUCUGUUGUACAUAUUGAUGCGCCUGGUCACAAAGAUUUCAUUCCUAAUAUGAUAGUUGGUGCUGCUCAAGCAGAUGUUGCUAUUUUAGUCGUUGAUACUACAAGAGGGGAAUUUGAAACAGGAUUUGAAAUGGGAGGUCAAACAAGAGAGCAUACUAUGCUAAUACGUUCACUUGGUGUUUCACAAAUUGCUGUUGCUGUUAAUAAAAUGGACAAUGUUAAUUAUGCUGAAGAAAGAUAUAAAGAUAUUGUAACUAAGAUGUCAUCGUUCUUAAAGCAAGUAGGUUUUAAGGAAUGUGAUGUAGCAUUUGUUCCUUGCAGUGGUCUCACUGGAGAAAAUUUGUUGAAUCCACCUGAAACUCCAGAGCUCAGGAAGUGGUAUACUGGCUCUACAUUAAUUGAUGUGAUUGAUAAUUUCAAGCCACCAGAAAGACAAGUAGAAAAACCCUUCCGUCUAUGUGUGGCUGAUGUUUUCAAAGGAACUUCUGGUGGGUUUUGUGUAGCAGGAAAAAUUGAGGCUGGAUUUGUUAAAAGUGGUGAUAAAGUUCUUGUAAUGCCAGCUGGAGAACAAGCUGUUGUAAAAGCAAUAACUACUGAUGAAUCUUCACUGCAGCACGGAUUUGCUGGAGAUCAUGUAAUACUGCAGCUUAGUGGAACUGAUAUGAAUAACGUAGCAUCUGGCAGCAUGAUCUGUGAUAUAGAGAGACCUGUAAAAGUAACAACAUUGUUUGAAGCAAGACUAGUCAUUUUCAACAUUUCUACUCCAAUUACUAAAGGAUAUCCAGUAAUUCUGCAUUAUCAGAGCCUGAGUGAGCAAGCACUCAUAAAAAAAUUAAUAUCACAGUUAAAUCGCAGCACAGGAGAAAUUGUUAAAAAGAAACCAAGGUGUUUAACAAAAAAUAGUAGUGCUGUUGUUGAAAUAGAAGUUAAUCGUCCCAUUUGCAUUGAAUUAUUCAAAGAUUAUAAAGAAUUGGGUCGAAUUAUGCUAAGAAGUGGUGGUUCUACAAUUGCUGCUGGUUUAGUUACACAAAUAAAGUGAUUACACACACUUAUGAGGUUUUGUGGCUUCUAAAAGGAAAAUAUAUGUUCUUCAUGCAGAAUUUGUU